AUGGAGCGACGCCCGCGGCUAACAAAGGAGCAGAAACUGGCAAUUCUACGUCAGAGUGAUAUGCAACCAGAGUGGAGUCAAAGGCAGUUGGGCCAGUGGGUAGCUGACACGUUCAAGUUGGGCUUUGUGCCGUCGCAGCCAACGAUUUCCGUUGUCUUGCGCAAAGGUGGUAAACUUGUUAAGCCCCGCGUUUCGAAGACUAAAAACUCACUUGCUUUAGUCAAGCAGAAGCUGAUCAAGUGCCCGCAUGUAGAGAAGGCUAUGCUGCAUUGGCUGGAGAUUCAGAUUGUCAACGAUGAAGCUGUUACAGUAACCAAAAUGCGAGACAAGGCUAAUGAGUUGGUGCAUCAAUUGGAAGUAGUUAUGGAUGGCUUUGUCGUGUCAGACACAUGGAUCGAUCGUUUUAUGAGACGUUACGUUCUCAAUUGCCCAUCUGGGUUGUCGGACGCUGAGACAACAGACUGUGACGAGUUUCAAGAUGUUGCGGCUAUCGAUGCUGCUAGGAAUGAAGACUGUGAAAAAGCGGGCAAAAUGAGUAGUCAAAUCAUUAAUCCGGUUGUGGCAAUACGAACACCUGCAGUGGUUAAAAGGAAUAAAACAUCGGCAAGGAAGAGAAAGCGUAACAGUGAGCCGAGCUGGCAGUUGAAGGAAGUGCAAAUGUCGGAGUAA